CCAUCCGGGUCUUCCCAUUUGCGGGGGUAGCUUGGAUUGCUGAGCCUAAUCUUGGUGCCAGGCUGGGCAGGAAGUCGGCGGACGGUCGGCGGGCGAGGCGCUCUAGGCCGAGUGAUUUUCGUCUCUAUGACCACAAGGAGGCGGUCUCGGGUGUCCCGAGGACGGCGCGCGGAGGGGGCGUGCGUCAGUUCCGCGCGGGGCUGUCGGGGAACCAUGGCUGCCCCAAGAGAAAAUGUCAGUUUAUUAUUCAAGUUAUACUGCUUGGCAGUGAUGACCCUGGUGGCCGCAGCUUAUACCGUAGCUUUAAGAUACACAAGGACAUCAGACAGAGAACUCUACUUUUCAACCACAGCCGUGUGUAUUACAGAAGUUAUAAAGUUAUUGCUAAGUGUGGGAAUUUUAGCUAAAGAAACUGGUAGUCCUGGUAGAUUCAAGGCAUCUUUAAGAGAAAAUGUCUUGGGGAGCCCCAAGGAACUGAUGAAGUUAAGUGUGCCAUCAUUAGUGUAUGCUGUUCAGAACAAUAUGGCUUUCCUAGCUCUUAGCAAUCUGGAUGCAGCAGUAUACCAGGUGACUUAUCAAUUAAAGAUUCCCUGCACUGCUUUAUGUACUGUUUUAAUGUUAAACCGGACACUCAGCAAAUUACAGUGGAUUUCAGUUUUUAUGCUGUGUGGUGGAGUCAUACUUGUACAGUGGGAACCAGCCCAGGCUACAAAAGUCGUGGUGGAACAGAAUCCCUUGUUAGGGUUUGGCGCCGUAGCUAUUGCUGUAUUGUGCUCAGGAUUUGCAGGAGUGUAUUUUGAAAAAGUUUUAAAGAGUUCAGACACUUCCCUUUGGGUGAGAAACAUUCAGAUGUAUCUCUCAGGGAUCGUUGUGACAUUAGUUGGCGUCUACUUGUCAGAUGGAGCGGAAAUUAAUGAAAAAGGAUUUUUCUAUGGUUACACAUACUAUGUCUGGUUUGUCAUUUUUCUUGCAAGUGUUGGAGGCCUCUACACUUCCGUUGUGGUCAAGUACACAGACAACAUCAUGAAAGGCUUUUCUGCGGCAGCCGCCAUUGUCCUUUCUACCAUCGCUUCAGUGAUGCUGUUUGGGUUACAGAUAACACUCACCUUUGCUCUGGGCACUCUUCUUGUAUGUGUUUCUAUAUAUCUCUAUGGAUUACCCAGACAAGACACUACAUCCAUCCAACAGGGAGAAAUAGCUUCAAAAGAGAGAGUCGGUGGUGUGUGAUUUCAGCCUCAAAAGCGAUUCCUACCAAGACUAAACUGCAUUAAACUAGAGCCUUAAGUCAAUCCCAGAAGGUAGCUUAAACAAAAAACAAUGUUAACUGUGUCAUAAGAAUUAGGAAGAAAACUAUCUGAGUGAGUUGCUACAAAGAUUUAAUGUGGCCUGUUUUGGGUCAACCUGUUUUGUUUUAGAAUGAAAGAAUUUUAUUAUUGUACAUAUAAUGUAUAUAAAAAGUAUGGGGAGGUGUGUUAAAAAAAAAAAUCAUGUGAGGAUGCAAUAUUCAAGUAACAAGGUUUGGGACAAGGUUAAGGGUUAAAGUGCCAAAGCCAUUUCUGUACAAACUGUUUUCUUGUUCAGGUACCAGGGGAGAAGGACGACCCCUCCUUGUUCUCCAAUUUGUGUACAGUAUUUUCAUCCCAGCAGCAAAGACUUAGCUCUUUUCUUACAAAAGACAGGCAAAACCAAGAUAGGCUAGUUCAGAAACAAACUGAAUGUGUAACUUCUCAAACUGAAUCUAUUUCAUAAUGCAGACAAUGACCUCUAGGUGGUGAAUGAGUACUCCUCUAAGUGCUGUAUUUGUGCCAUUCAUUGUCUGGAUUCAUGUUUCUUUGCAGUUAGAUCUACUUUUCUUCAAAAAAUAUUUCUAAUGUCACUUUUGUACUUUUUUUUAUAAAGUAUGUUUAAAACUACUGGGCUGUCAAUUUGUGAAAUUUCAGUGUUUUUAAAAAAAUUUUCUAUAAUGUUAGUGGGAAAAUUCAGCAAUAAAUUUAUUUAUAUGGAAUCUAUGAACACUUUUUUUUUUUUUUUUAAGAUUUUAUUUAUUUAUUUGAGACAGAAUGAGAGACAGAGAGCAUGAGAGGGAGGAGGGUCAGAGGGAGAAGCAGACUCCCUGCCGAGCAGGGAGCCCCAUGCGGGACUCGAUCCAGGGACUCCAGGAUCAUGACCUGAGCCGAAGGCAGUUGCUUAACCAACUGAGCCACCCAGGCGCCCUAUGAACACUUUUUGUAUUGUGAUUAUAACCAUUAAGUUAAGAUAAUGCAAAAUGUAAAAAAACCCGAAACAUUAAAUUUUUCAUUUUUUCUAUGUUGGAAUUUUAGGGUUCUCUUGGCUAGCCUUCAGCAAAAACGAGCGUUUAUAAGGACUACAAUCAGGGCAGUAGGGCUCUAGGUUGUAGGAGAUAAUGUACGAUCUUUUCAGGGAGCUGCUUUUGGAAAGACUGGGCUCUAACCAUCCCUGUCCCCGUGUCAUUUCACUCAAGAUUCAAAUACUGAGGUGGCUACCACAGAUCUGGGAAGGGGAACAUUUUUCCAGACAAGUAGAGAAGGAUAUAGGACAUGAAAAACAUGUCCCAAUUGUACAUUUUUAUUCCAUGGCUGGUUUGUGCUAAGGAAAUGAUACUUCAAGUAAAAAUUAGUAUUCUGGAAGCUAACGCAUUUAAAAUUGAGACUGCGUGGACGAGUCUUCUCUAGGACUAAGAAGGUGUACCAUACUUGCCAAUAUAAAACUAUGUUCAUUCAACUAGAGAAGCUUUGGUUCAUGCUAAUUUGCUUCUCUAUUCGUAAAAGUAGAUUGUCAGUAAUAUUCAGAAGGCUUCUAGUAGCAACAUUUAGGAUAAAUGAUAGCAGUCUGAAUGGAAAUACUGGCAGAUGAGGAUAGCCGUACUGACUGAACAGACCACAUCCCACUUAACCAAAUCAUACAAAAUACCCUUGACCAAUAGGCAGGUACAUGAAAGAAAUGGUUUGAGAAACUCCAUUUCAAAUUCUGGUUUAACUAAUGGACUAAUUUUUAUAAAAAGAUCCUAGUACAAUAUGUGUACAAGUAAUUCCUUGUUAUUCCAAUCUAUUCAGUUCCCAAGUUCAUGCAGUAAGAGUUACCUGUACAGAUCAAUGGAAGAUAAGCAUGACAUUUGUUCUCUGGGAGUGGCUGUCAGCUGUAUAGGCAAAAAGGUUUAAUUCUGGUCUCCCUAAAUUGAUUCAGAACUAGCCAUUAUUAUAAGAAAAUUGAAACUGCUUUUAUCAAUUUUAUCUGAUGCAAACAUGAGGUAAUCUCACUUAUAAGAACAGUUUCUGGAAGAAUGAUGCAGUGAAAACCUCAAGCUGGAGCUUAAAAUCUAAUCUUUUAUCCCCAUUAGACUGCAGUGAAUUUUAGAAGAUUUGGGUUAGUUUUAUAAAACUCUGUUUAGUAAGUACUUACUGACCAGCAGGGAACUCAAGUGAUUUUUUUUUUAGAUAAAGAUUUAAUAAGUUGAGAAAUCACUUAGGCUUACUAAAACAUAGAUUCUGAUACAGAAUAACAGUUUAAAUUCUAAACAAGGCAUAUAAGAAUAGAUAACUAGAAUUCACUCGGUAUUUAGAAAGCUAUUUUAAUUAGAAAUUACAUUCUACAUACAGGUGUUAUUCCAAGAAGUUUCAUUCCAUUGGCUAGGACAGAACGCACAGCUCUGAAAAGAUGAAGUCUGGCCUAUGAAAUAAAACAAAGAAUGAUUAAAUGUUCAGUUCAACAACAGGCUAACUAUAAGUGAAUAAAGAACAUUUUUAAAAGUAAUUCUAACUUUCUUCUAACUUAAAGUAGGAACAGUAUCUCAGUGCCCCAGCGUUUGCUGUCGGCAAGGGAAGACAGAUUCCUAGCAUUCCUUAUAAUAUGACUGUUACCCAAGAGCUGGGGAGUGGGAGUGACGGUAUCAUUAUAUCUGAAGUACAGCUCCAGAUGAGGGGAACUCCUCACCUGAACACUUGAUGUAGGAAGAUGCGUUUCACAGUCCAGUGUUGGAAAGUCUAUCAACACUGUUACAGUCCAAUUCGAAUUACCACCUGAGUCCGUAAGUACACUACUGUAGCCGAACCACAAGAUGCUAUUUUAGGAACAUUUACAAGACUGCCUCAGUGACAUUAAUCGGAGGAUGCAGAGAUUACCCAGAAAACACUUAGCGUACGUACCCCAGCCACUUCGGGAGGACUGUUUCUUACAAGCAGUGUCUUGUGUGCCAUAGCAGCAAGGUGACUGAAACGGGAAGAAGAAAUGAAGACCAGUCGUCAUUUCCUGUGGUAACACACAAGCUUGAUAUCUUACUCCCUCAACUUAAGGCUAUCCAAGCCCAGAGCCAGUAAAGGAUGUGUGCGACACUGAAGCUGAGACUUGAAUUCACUGCUUUUCUGUAAUAGGAAAAGUAAAACACAUUCAACUAAAACUUUAGAUUUGGGUCGUAAUACCUCAAGUUCUUAAGAUUAUGAUUUCACUGCUUCACAAAGAUAGGGGAUUCCUUUCUGAAGAUUAGUUUUUCUCAUUUAGGCUUCUUUUAGGAUGAAAGCUAUAACAUGAUCUGGACAUCCCCCCUCUGUACGGUGAGGAGGCGGGGUAAGACUAGUUAUUGGCCCACCGCACACACACUGGCCACUCUUCUCUAAAGUAUCUUUUCUGAUUAAGUAGAGCAGCAAAUAGAACAAUAUGCUAGAGAAAUGAUGCUUCUGACAUUGAUUUCAAUGAUGAACUGACAUUUAAUUAGACUUUCUGGCUUCUUUAUUUCUCUAUGACUCAGAAUUUAAAGGAAAAACAUUUAUUUAAAUCUGGGGAAGACAGGUAAAAAGGAUAAUCAAGAGAACAGUACCAAUAAAUCUGAUUUCAGUAAAUCAUGACUAAAAGCAAAUAUUUCCUUUCUUAAAUAGAUUUAUGGAAAGAUACAGUUGUUGCUCUAGAAGAUACUCAACUUCUAUUCAGAGUUUCUGAAACAGCUACUCUGAAAUUCCUAUUAAACUGAUUUGCCUUCCAAUUCAUCCUCUACUCUCUAGCUGACUGAUUUUUCUGUGUCGCUGUUUAGUCUUUUUUAUGGACUCCACUGCCCUGAAAAUAAGCUGAAAUGCCUUAAUACAUGCAAAAAGGCCUUGACACACUCAUUUUUCACCCCUCCCAGGGCCAUGCUUGUAGUUCCAUUAAUGUAGCAUGUUCUUGCUCCGCUCUGGGCUUUUUCUUCUUUUUCUGCCACCUUGCUUCUCCUGAUUAAUAUCGACUCCUCUCCUCCGAGAAGCCCUCUUUCAUCCAUCAAGGCCGGGCUGAGUGCCCUAACACUGUCUCCUAUGUCCACUCUAUCCGAGCACGUAUGUGCUGUUAUGUAACUACCUGUGAUGAAGCUGUUGUUUCCUAUCACCAGACUGCAGUGACUGCACCUUAUAUCACUGAAUGAAUAAAUGAACAUUAAUUGCUGAUUUGCAAAGAUGAAGCAAGAAUUCCUAUAACUUAAGGCAUCUCAUUUUUUAGGCCAAGGGAUUUGUUUAUAAGAAAACUUUAGAAGAAACAAAGGUUCUUUGUCAGGUCUGGUCUCUGAUGUCUUUAAUACCUGAAAACAGCAAGGUUAUAAAGUACCUUAGAGUUAGAAGGUAACUGACAAUGUGCCUGGGUUGAAGGUCCUGAGAUGAUCUACAAAGCACCUCGUCGAACCUAAAAGAAAGAUGACAGGAACGGUUGGCGAGGGAAGACUGCACAUAUUACACUAAGCUAAGAUGUUAAGAUCUUGGAUGUAAGGUUGACUGGACAGCAUUACGAGUAGAAGGUAUAGGGGUGCCUGGGUGGCUCAUUCGGUUGAGCAUCUGACUCUCGAGGUUUCAGCUUAGGUUGUGAUCCUGGGGUCGUGAGACUGAGCCCUGCAUCAGGUUCCUUGCCCAGCGUGGAGCCUGUUUAAGUUUCUCUCUCUUUCUCCCUCUGCCCCUACCGUGCUCUUGCUCUCUCUAAAAAAAAAGCGUAGAGGGGCGCCUGGGUGGCUCAGUCGUUAAGCGUCUGCCUUCGGCUCAGGUCAUGACCCCAGGGUCCUGGGAUCGAGCUCCACAUCGGGCUCCCUGCUUGGGGGGAAGCCUGCUUCUCCCUCUCCCACUUCCCCUGCUUGUGUUCCCUCUCUCGCUGUCUCUCUGUCAAAUAAAUAAAUAAAAUCUUUAAAAAAAAAAAAAAAAGAGUAGAAUAUGAAAAAAGACCUUGUGUGCAUUUUAAGGUAAAGGCACAUUUUUCUUUCUUACAAAUUCCUUGAUGGCAGGUACUCUCUAAAUCAUUUUGAUAUCCCUUAGGCCUAGCCCGGAACAAGGACUCAGGCUGUUAAACUGAAUGUAAAAAGCCUAUAGCCAUGUUUAGGACCAUAAUCUAGAAACUAGCAAACAGAGUCUACCUUCAAUACCAAGAAAACCAGGUUGGCUUAUUUUUUCUGACAAAUUAGUCAAAUGUGAGAAAACGGACUCCUCUGAUCCCAGGAAAGAGCCACUGACCACUGUGUGGCAAUCGGAGAAAACUGCCUUAACUACCCACAUCCUUUCCAGAGACUACUAUCUCCUGUCAAGUCCGGCUUUGCCACCAAUGCUUGUGAGAGCUCAAAGGUGUGGUCCCUUGCCCAGUGUCAGGGCAUCAAGGAGAUGUCGGAGACUGUGAAUGGAAACCAUGAGGCAGAGGAAGGACUUAACGGUUUCACGGAAGCUGCACACAGACAGCGGUUCUCCUUCACUUACCAAAGAGGGUGAGGAGAAGAUCUUUUCCAAAACGAAAAGUUGAUGCUUUUACCAGGUUUCCAUUCUCAGACCACGACCCAGAGGACGUCAGGCAUCUGUACUGAUGCAGCAGUGAUAUUUUUAAGUCCCAAGGACUGACCUUAACUGUGUCCUCUUUUGUCCGCCUUCAAAGGGCAGGUAAUCCCUUUCUGGCCAGACCUUCGGGAAAGUGCUGUCUGGUGGCAGGAGCCAGCUGCUGGCUUGUUCACUCCAGUGGUCAGCAAACCAUCAACAGUCAUUUCACUAAGCAGGUGCAGACUCAAUACGACUAGAAAACCAUACCUGAGAAGAUGCUGGAGAAUGGAAAUAGACUGUGGAUCUUGUAAGCAAGCAGUGUUGAAAUCAUUCAGAUAACCACAUCCAAAAGUCUCUUCCAAACUGUUAUCAAAAGUUUAAAAACAACAAGGGAUUAAACAAGUCAUCCAACGACACAUAAUUGCAAGUUUGUCACAACGCCUCAAUUUUUCCCAACUCUGUUUCUUCCUCUGAAAAUGGGAGUAUAUUCUUUGGCAGCGUUAUUCUGAGUCCUGAAUAAGGUAAUGUACAUAAAAGCACUUCUUACAGAGAUGCUCAAUAAACAUUUGAAAAACCAAACCUAACAGGUGGCCCACUGUCCUUCUAACUAGUUUUGGAUAUGAGAUAUUGGAGAAGCCUAGCAAACAGGACCUUUGGUCUUCAGAGCACACCAGCCCCGCCCACGCUGGGAAGGAGAGAGGGGCUCGGCGUUUCCAGCAGACGCCCCUCACCUGUGGAGGCGGGCAUGCGUGUACUGCAGGAAGACUCCUGUGUCCCCACGACUCUGGAAAACACGAUCCCAGCUGAACUGAUAGUCAGAUAAGAGUAAACCUUUGAAGUCCUAGAAUGACAAGAGUACAUUUUUAGCACUGGGGUUUGUUCUAGUACCAAACAAAAGGGUCUCACAGGCGGCAGUCUUAACAGACCUGAAUAAUGAGUGCGGCGAGCCCGACCCUCUCUGCAGUCUGCUGUGGGUUCUCCAGUUCUUUGGUAGCUGGAACAGACAAAGGCAGCUAUCUUUAACUUACAUGAAACUGUACAGAAUCAGCGAUUCUGGUAACAUCUGCCAAAAAUGUAUGCUGCCAGUAAGAAGAACAAACAGGUUCACAGUGGGCAAUUUACUUUCCUAAUUUGGGCUAAUUUACCUUGGAUAAAGACACUCCCUUGCCUACAUUAAAAGGAAAGAAACACAAAUUCACCUUUCUCAUAAAUAUCCCUUAUGAGACAUUAGCUUAAAACUGGUACUUACUUUUCCAAGGUUAAACAAAGCCAUGAGUACUUGUGACCUGUUUCCUAUAACGUAACAUGGGAAUUUCACAUAACCACUCCAAGAGUGGAAUGACAACGCUGAAGCUGUCCAUGAAAAGAGGCCUAGGGUCGUAUCAAUUCAGAUUAUUGAACUGAAUGACACCAAGCAGCAAGUCUAAAACCUCUGGCACCUCUAAUUAGUGCGAGCUAUUUUUGACAAGGUUAGUGAAAAUGAAGAGAGAGAUGGUCAAAAUCAAUCGCGCUGCACAGAAGUCCCGCAAAACAUCCAAGUGGCACAUAAGUUAUGACUGUAACAACAGUAAAGUGAAUUCACUCUUAAUAGAAGCCAUGUUCUGUAGCAUCCUCGACCGAAUCUCAUUUAGAACAUCUUCCAGAAAAGUAACAUUUCCUCUUCGAGUCUUCAUUCCCUGCACCACUCCAAAGGGCACGUGCUGGCACCUGAAAUGGAAGAGAAAAGAACAGAUGAUCAAAGCAUACGAUAAUACCCUUUCACAGAGUAGUCUGAACUUCAACUCUCUUAGAGGGACUUUUCAAAAUUAAUCAACUGAAAUAGGAUGUGAUUUGUUAUAUGCCACAAGAGAUGUUAAACACACAGCUUCAUUUUACAGAGAUAAUCACUACGAUGUGAUUAAAUUACUAGUUGCCUUUGUGGAAAAAAAAGGAGGGAUUAAGAAUUUUGGAAAUCAAGCCACUGAGAGCAGAUGUCUAAUAAAGACACAUUUGUUAAAUGUUUGUAAGUUAGAAAUGAGUAUCACCAGGACAUAAGUCAAUGUAAAAAACAAACCUGCUUCUACACUGAUACCUUGAAAUAUAUAAGUGAAAUCUGAAUGACGACCUUUAACAACUUGGUAUAUUUUGGGACUUGGCUGACCUAACAAAUCCUUAAUGAUCUUGAACAGACAGUUACGAACCAUGUAGACAUUACCUUUCUGCCCAGUCAUAUCCCAUGAUCUGCAGCAUUUGGAACACCUGCUGAAAAUGCUUUUUUUGCCCUUUAUC